CAAAUCAGGCCAUCAGGAAUACCGGAACGAUGGAAGAAAAUAAAGACGCCAGUUUACUGGUCGUCGUACUGGACACAAAUCCAUCACAACAAAUAAUACGUACUAAUCCGCACCACCUGACACAAUGUUUGGACUCGAUUGUCGCUUUUGCAAACGCACAUUUAAUGCAGAAGGCCCAGAACAAAUUGGCAGUUCUUGCUUGCCACCAUCACGCCACGGAAUUUCUUUAUCCCACUCCGGGAAAACCACUGGAAAUCCGGCAGGUUGAUGGUCAGUUCGAAGUUUUUACGUUGGUAGAAAAGACAAUCAAACAAAAGCUGGCCAGAGUAAUCAACGAAGCCCCGCGAUUAACCACUCCGGCAGAAUCUCUUCUGGCGGGCAGUAUGGCCAUGGCAUUAUGUUAUAUAGCAAGGGUCAUUCGAAAUAAACCGGCUGGCGUGAAAAUCAAUGCGCGCAUUUUGGUAGUAACCGGCAGCAACGAGUGUGCUUCUCAGUACAUGACCUAUAUGAACGUGUUUUUCACUGCUCAGAAGCAAGGCGUAACGCUGGACGUUUGUGCCUUGGAUAAACCAUUAAGUUUGCUACAGCAAGGAUGCGACAUUACCGGAGGUCAAUAUUUGAAACUGCCCCAGCUGGAUGGAUUCCUACAGUAUUUACUGUGGGUUUUUCUACCCGAUCCGCAAAUGCGCUGCAAAUUGGUGCUUCCACCUCCGGUGAAAAUAGACUACCGGGCGGCGUGUUUCUGCCACCGUGAGCUGAUUGACAUUGGUUACGUGUGCUCUGUGUGUCUAUCGAUAUUUUGCAAAUUUAGCCCAAUUUGCACAACUUGCCACACCGUUUUCAAGGCACCAGCACCGAUAGCAACCAAGCCGAAGAAAAAGAAAAUGAAAACGUAGAACUUUCGUUUAUAUUACAAUAUUUAAAAUAUAAUAAGGUUCACAUUCUAACUGUUUCGCACUAAUUUACAAAAAUACAUUGGUCCAAAGUUUGUCGGCAGGAACGGUAGCACCAAUUGUCCGUACUUUAGGGUGUUUGGCGGGGCGAAUUUAAAGACGUCAGAAAAGGGUCGCAUAACUAAGCUGAGAUCCCUGUAAGAUAAAUAAUUAACAAUACAGAAUGGUUUUUAAGCUUAUUUGUUACGUUAAGAUAUGAAACUUGUAAUGUCAACACUCAACCUGCUUUAAUGAAUUAUUUCGAAUUUAUCUGGUUUAAGCUUACCUAACUGUGA